CAUUAAAUGGUCGACCUCACCUCUCUCAUACCAUGGCGGCCGGCCCGACGCCAUGAUCGCGCGUUUCGAACUGGACGGAAGGUAAGCACCCGUGUCCUCAGCUCGUCAUGGCGAAGGAGACCUACCGUAGUCCCCGUCUCGGCGACCACAUGUACCUAGCUAAGGUACUCAAGAACGGUCCCGAGGCUUGUGGCAAGCAUGCGUCGCUCGACGGGACGAUUCUCGACGCCAAAGGCUUCCCCGGUGUCUUCCCUGAGCACGAGUACGAUGAUCGUCAAGCGUCACCAGGGUCUCGGUCACUUGAUUGAUAUGGCUGGCGACGGUGCUCAUGAUGCCCCUGCCCUGUCCCGUGCUAACAUCGGUAUCGCCGCCGUGCUACUCACGCUACCGCCAUCGUCUUGACGGAGCCCGGUCUUUCCACUAUCGUGCACGCCAUCCGGGGUUCGCGCCUCAUUUCCCAGCGUAUG